UCAUGUGAAUGUCAGCGCAGUGCUCCUCCUUUACAUAAAAGUCUUCAGUAUCAAAGCAACAUUCAGCGAUUUUAUCGUAAUUUACGUCGUUUGUGGUGUAGUGUUGAAAUUGUGUUUGAAAUCUGGUGGAAUCCGGUGCUGCAAACCGAUUGUAAUACAACAUUCCUCUUAAACAUCACGAAAACAAUGUAUUGACGUGAUUGUAAGCCGGUUAGAAGAAACUGAGCAGAAUGCCGAUACUGUACAGCGUCGUGACCCGCGGGCCAACCGUUCUGGCCAAGUAUGCCGAAUGCGUGGGCAACUUUGCCGAGGUGACGGAACAGAUCAUACCGAAGAUCAAACUGGACGACCACAAGCUGACCUACUCGCACGGCAACUAUCUGAUUCACUACAUCUGCGAGAAUCGGAUUAUCUACAUGUGCAUUACGGACGAUGGCUUCGAACGAUCACGCGCCUUCCUGUUUCUGACGGAGAUUAAGAAGAAGUUUAUUCAGACCUACGGUCUGACAGUAGCUACAGCCAUUGCGUAUGCAAUGAAUACCGAAUUUUCCCGCACUUUGGCGGGGGCAAUGAAACAUUACAGUGAAUCGAGGGAUAUUGACGCCAUAAGCCAAGUGCAUGGACAAAUCGACGAGCUGAAGGAUAUUAUGGUGAAAAACAUCGAGAACAUCACGAACCGGGGCGAAAGGCUGGAGCUGCUAGUAAAUCAAACGGAGAACCUGCGAAAUAAUUCGGUGCAAUUUCGUCAAACUUCCCGCAACCUAGCCCGGACAAUGUUCUGGCGCAGCGUCCGAAUGUACUGCCUGAUUGCGGCGAUCCUGAUGUUCGUUAUCUACAUUGUGGUCAGCAUGGCCUGCGGUGGGCUGCUGUGGCAAAGCUGUGUCCACAGCGGCGGCAGUCCCAAGGCACCGGUCACCCCGGCACCACCAUCACUGGAUGGACUAUAGAACGGGGGCAGAAACUAGAGAGCCGCGAAGUGGACACUGACUUAAGAUGGCUUCGAACUGAUUUGGACUGUGGUUAGCGAGAACUGUAUUGUCUUUGUGAUUCGAUUUCUUGUUCCGAUAAAAAACAAACAAACAUUGUGUACAUCUGUGGGAAACCUACAUGAAAGUUUAAUCAAAUAAAAGUCGUAAAGAGUUUACAUUUUAUAGAUUUGACCCGGAGUUCUUUUAGAGCAAUGUGGACUGCUGUAUAAAAUCAAAGAUAUCUUACGUAGUAGGUUCUAGGUGAUAAAUAAAAGGAGAAAAACUAGUUGCGUUCAGCUUACGCCGAAUUUGGACGCUGGUAUUUUCACGAAUUUGUUUAAUCCUUCAUAUAUUCUUUAUAAAAUAUGCAUAUACUAAUACACGGACACACGUUAUCUCAUUAGAAAAAA